AUCGGCGUUGGUUCUUCAGCUUCCUCGUGAACCUCCAUUUUGCUGAAUCUCGUUGGACUUUUUCCUUACUUGUGGUGGCUCAAUAUGUCUCGUGGUGGCACACGAGUUUACUUCGGAAGACUUCCUAGAGACACAAGAGAAAGAGAUUUGGAACGAUUCGUUCGGGGAUUCGGAAGGAUACGGGAAGUCAGCAUUAAACUUGGAUACGGUUUUGUGGAAUUUGAUGAUUCAAGAGACGCCGAUGACUGCGUUUAUGACUUGAAUGGAAGGGAACUGUUAGGUGAAAGAGUCGUCGUGGAACAUGCAAGAAAUCCUUCCAGAAGCCAAGACUAUGGUUAUAGAAGCCAACCUAGCAGCAGCAGGAGCAGUCAGAGACGGGGCCGCACACCACCUCUCAGAACUGAACACAGACUUGCAGUGGAAAAUCUUUCUUCACGGAUUAACUGGCAGGAUUUGAAAGAGUAUAUCUCCAAGGCUGGAGAAGUCACAUUUGCGGAUGCACACAAGAGAAGGCAGGGUGAAGGAGUUGUGGAGUUUGCUUCCAAGGAAGACAUGAAGGCAGCUUUGAAAAAGCUUGAUGAUACAGAGUUGCAUGGCAAACGUAUCCGUCUCAAAGUUGAAAAAGUGAGGUCCUCCUCACGACGUUCCCGCAGUCGCAGUCGAUCUCGCUCCCCAAAACGCAGAAAAAGAAGCCAUUCACACUCACGAAGUCAAUCCAAGUCACGCUCUAAAUCCCCAAAGAAGCGUCAUCGUUCUUCCUCUCGCUCCCGAUCACCCUCCAAGUCCCGCAAGUCACGUUCACAGUCGAAAGAAAAAGAGCGCUCAAGAUCCAAAUCUGUGGAGGAAGAGGAGAAGAAAUCUCCAAGUCCAGAGAAAGAGGAACAAGAAGAGGAAGCUGAAGCAGAGGUUGAAGCUGAUGGGGAUGAGAAGGAGGAUAGUCCUGAGGCAGUUAAUGGGGAUGAAGAGAAUGGUGAUGCUGAACAUGAGCUUGAGGUGGAGGAUGAAGUUGAAGAAGACUGAAUAAUUUUUUUUAUUUAUACAUAAACAUGUAGUCGCAAAAUUAACACUACUCAUUAUAACAUUUACCUGUCAGUAGUUCCACCAGGAAGGGCAGUUUACUCACCCUUUACUUUUGUUUGCCUUGCCUUUUUUUUCUUGACAGCUUUAUGUAAUAUUAGAAUAAGUGCCACCAUUACAUCAAAGGGAUGAUUAUUUUGGUUUCAACAUACUUCGUUUGGCAUCUCUCUCUAUAUUGCAUUUUUAAACGUCAUGGACACCUAACUUGAAAACACUACUUUUAUUGUUAAUAAGCUUCAUGGGAAAUUAUUGGUGACUUACAUGCUUGCCAUAGAUCUCAUAAACCUGGUUUUUUUUUACUGUUUUACUGUUUUUCCUGUUAAGUUUGUUUCUUGACUGAAUAAGAGUUUAGAUAGCAAUCAGUCUCUAAAUAGAGAGGAUGCAAAGUUUAAAAGUACUUCCAUUGUGAUAUGUUACAAAUAUACUUUGUUAGCUUCCUACAUUAAUUUUAUUGAUGUCGAUGUAGAAAUAUAGUUUAGUGAAAGUUUAUGUAAGUAUUUGUAUAUCUGUCAAAGAUUGAAAGGUUAGGUUAGCAAGUAGUACCUUAGAAACUAUGUCAGAAUUUGUAGUUUCCACUUUCCCUUGGAAUUAAAGUCAUACUCUUGUAA